GGGAGGGGAAGGGACCCUCACCGUAGUAGACAUGGCGAGUAUUUUCGGGUGAAUGAUGCUGAUUGGAAUACAAAGUACGAAUAUUGAGUUGUGUGCGUAGUAUAUUUCGUGUACGAAACACUGCAGAUUGAUGUGAUAUCAUAUAAAGUUUAGUUAAAAAUGCAGAAUGUUGCACAAGGAUCCUCUUCUGAUGGCCAGAAAGUGGAAAAAGUGAGCAUCCUCGACCUGGGGAAAUCGUCGACACCCCAUUCUUCCAACUCGAGUCCUACCAAAUCAGAAACGGAUACAUUUUCGGAACAUCAACCGAGAUCUAUGAGUGAUUCAUCGGACAGCGAAGAGGACGAAGUCUCCGAGGUGGAGUCGUUCGUUAUUGACCAGGAUUUGGACGAUGAAGUUCGAUUGGAGGCCUCAAAGUUCCUUUUGGCAUCUGAUGAGUCUGAGCAUGCUGUUGAUCCUGAAACACAAGCAAGACUAGAAGCCCUUCUAGAAGCUGCUGGUAUUGGGAAGCUUUCAAGUGGAGAUGGAAAGCACCUAUCUGAUCCUGAAGUUUUGAGGCGAUUAACGUCGAGUGUAUCCUGUGCAUUGGAUGAGGCGGCUGCAGCACUUACAAGGAUGAGGAAUGAAAAUCAGAGACCCCAACAAGAAACAAGGUCAUUGGUUGAAGCAUGCAGUGAUGGUGAUGUGGGAACAGUGAAAAAGCUUUUAACAGAAGGCAGAAGUGUCCAUGAAACAACUGAGGAGGGGGAGAGUCUUCUCUCUCUUGCAUGUUCAGCAGGCUAUUAUGAGCUAGCACAGGUUUUGUUAGCCAUGAAUGCAAAUGUUGAAGACCGUGGAAUCAAGGGGGACUGCACCCCUUUGAUGGAAGCAGCAUCUGCAGGCCAUGUUGAUAUUGUCAAACUUCUCAUUGCUCAUGGUGCUGAUGUUAAUGCCCAGUCCUCAUCUGGCAACACUCCUUUAAUGUAUGGCUGUGCUGGUGGAUACAGUGAAGUUGUAAAAGUCCUACUCGAGGCUGGUGCCAAUGUUGAAGAUCACAAUGAGAAUGGGCACACUCCUUUAAUGGAAGCAGCUAGUGCUGGGAAAGUAGCUGUUGCCAAAGUUCUGUUAGAACAUGGAGCUGGUAUAAAUACUCAUUCUAAUGAGUUCAAGGAGUCAGCCCUCACUCUUGCAUGUUAUAAAGGUCAUUUAGAUAUGGUAAGGUUUCUGCUUGAGGCAGGUGCAGACCAAGAACAUAAAACAGAUGAAAUGCACACUGCACUUAUGGAGGCCUCCAUGGAUGGUCAUGUGGAAGUAGCCAAACUUCUUCUUGAUUCUGGUGCUCAAGUUAAUAUGCCCACAGAUAGCUUCGAGUCUCCUCUGACUCUAGCUGCCUGUGGUGGCCAUGUAGACCUGGCUAUGUUGCUCAUAGAAAGAGGUGCCAAUAUUGAGGAAGUCAAUGAUGAAGGCUACACACCACUCAUGGAGGCCGCUCGUGAAGGCCAUGAGGAAAUGGUUGCACUACUUCUUAGUCAGGGAGCCAACAUCAAUGCCCAGACGGAAGAGACUCAAGAGACUGCUCUGACCCUAGCAUGUUGUGGGGGUUUUCUAGAAGUUGCUGACUUUCUCUUGAAGGCCGGUGCUGACCUGGAACUUGGUUCCUCGACACCAUUGAUGGAAGCAGCUCAAGAAGGUCAUCUUGAGCUAGUGAAAUAUUUGCUGGAUCAAAAUGCCAAUGUGACUGCACAAACUCAAACAGGGGAUACUGCUCUGACUUAUGCCUGUGAAAAUGGACACACUGAUGUGGCUGACCUGCUUCUUCAGUAUGGUUCAGAUUUGGAGCAUGAGUCAGAAGGAGGCCGAACACCUUUGAUGAAAGCUUGUCGAGCUGGGCAUCAGUGCACAGUGAAAUUCCUUAUCCAGAAAGGUGCUGAUGUUAACAGACAAAGCACAAAUAACGACCACACACCUCUCUCUCUAGCAUCUGCAGGCGGACACCUUGCAGUAGUACAGCUACUGCUCCAGCACAAUUCUGAUCCUUUCCAUAAGUUGAAGGAUAAUUCAACAAUGCUAAUAGAGGCUGCCAAAGGGGGACACACAAAAGUUGUACAGCUCCUACUUGACUACCCCCAUUCCAUUAUGAUGAGUGGUCAACAGCAACCUUCAGCUACCCCUCAACAGCAAUCACCACCUCAAACACAACCUCCUCAUUCCCAGCCUCAAAUCCAGUCCCAUCCUCCGCUUCAACUUCAAGCUCAGACCCUUCCCCAAUCUCAACCUACAGUGAUUCAGUCACCGACGCAAGCUCAGUUGCCAAGUCACCCAGUCUCCCCAGAACAAGUUCAACAGUUACACCAACAGCGCCAUGUCCAACAAGCUGGACUGAUUGCUGUUCCUGAUGCUGUGCAAGCCCUCCCUCAAGAAGAAGUUAGUCCGGCUGCUGUUCUCAACAUCAGUUCUUCUUCCAAGACUGGCAGUCCAACAAGUCCAGAUCCAAAUGUUACCCUGUUCAGUGCUAGUAGUUCACCUGAAGGAUCAGACAACCUGAAGAAAUCUCUACUUCGCAAAAGUCGAACUGCAGCAGCUGCUGAAGACAAUGUGCUCACAUCUGCAGAGGCUCAGCAAGCAAAGAAUGUACCUCCGGGAGAGGGAGGAGCUGCUCUCUCCAAGGAAGAGAGCAAUAUCCUGGACAAAGGGAGCACUGGUGAGCAGUUGCUGCGUCAGCAAAUCUAUGCAGACUUACAGCGAGUGGAGGAAGAACAAGAGAAGCAGCUUCUUCUUGCUAGUUACGACGCUAGUUCUGAUGCCUCAGCUGGAGCGACUCCUGAACAGGUUGCUCCUCAAACAUCAAGUCCAGCCACAUCCUUUUCAGCAACCCCUCCUGAGCCUCAGCCCUCUUUAUCCACCCAAAAGGGGGCUGUCAGUUCACCAGGGAGUUUGUCUGGAACAUCAUUGCCUAAACUGCAGGUUCCUUUACAAAUUCUAGCAGAUUCCCAAAGUACCACCACCACCACCACCACCGCAACUGUAACCACCAGCAACCCAGCUGCAAUCUAUCUGCCGCCUCCACCCUCAACACCACCUCAAACUGUUACUAGUUCUGCUGAAGUCAACCAGUCAACAGCAAUUAGUGAUCGUCCAAAAGCCAAACCAGCAACCAAGAAAGAAGGUCAGAAAGCAAGAAAGCAGCAAAUUGUUCAAGCUGUCACUCAAGAAUUGGCAUUUCAAGCUGCUCAAAUGGCUCAAGCUGCCCAAUUAGGCCAGAAUUCAAGGAUAUGUGCUGCAACUGCAGCCGCUGCUGUGAACUUAGCACAGAUUCACAACCAACAAGUGGAUCAGCGUGUACAAACCCUUGAUCAGGAGGUUUUGCAGCGACAUCAGCAACUUCACCUCCACCACCCACCUCAACAAGCACUACCAGUAGAUGCUGCUGCUGACCCCAAAGUUGCAGCUGGUGGUAUCUUAACGCCUAGCCAACUCAUUGCACACCUUCAGCAACUAGACCCUUCAAUUACAGCAGCUUCCCCUCAACAACUCCACCACCAUGUUCAUCAAGUUCUGCAUCAGAAACCUAAUUUAAGAACCCUGCAGCAAAUGCUUCCAGGGGGGCCUGAUGAAUUAGCCGAACUUCUUUCUGACCAGGUUGACCAUGGUACCUUGGACAGAGAGCACUUGGCAAGUGCGGUUGUAGACUCUCUUGAAGCACUACAGGCACUAGCCUUGGAUGAUAUCAAUGCUGAAGCCUGUUCUCAAGCUGAGAAUUUCCAACAAGCUUUUCCUACAGCUUCUCUUGGAGAAGCAAUCACUGCUAUGGCAGCAGCCCAUCAGGUCCAAGGGGACAUGAGCCGUGUAGAGUAUUAUGCAGUGCCAACAUCAGGUGCCCAGCACCCUGCUCUGCAGGUGAGCACUAGCUUGAGUGGAUUAGAGGGAGAGGAGCAACUCCAGUACCAGCAAUAUCAGCUGACAACUGGCAGUGCACCAUGCAGUUUGGAAGUGAUUGCCAAUGCCACCAAUACUCAGAUUCUAGCUAAUCGAGCAGCAGCCGCUGCUGGAACUGCAUCAUCAACAUCGAGUACCAUACCAACUUCUUUCCAGCCUCAGUUGCUACUGCCAAGUCCACAACUUGCCUCCUCCCCUUCCGACUCCUCAUCUCCACCACUGCCUGUGCCUGCAUCAUCUGCUGCAGUAGCCACACAAGCAACAACUGUCCCUGUACCUCCACCUCUCCCAACCCCUGCUGCAUCCAAAUCAUCAGUGCGUGUGACAACCUCUACUGCGCCCACAACUGCGUCUGCCAAUGCAACUGCUACAGUCCAAACAAGUAUGCCCACUGCCUGUACCCAGCCACACCAUCACCAUGGUACACCUUGCAGUAGUCAUCAGGUGCAAGCCUCCACUCAAACCCUCAGUACUGGAGUGACUGUACCCCUAAAUGACAAAAAAGUUCUGACCGUGACUCAGACUCAGGCUAAGGGGAAAAAGGCCAGAUAUCAGGUUCAGCCCCAGGCUCGACAGCAGCCAGCACCCCAGCCUCAGCCUCAACAGCCUGCCACCGCUCAGCAACAGGGUGUAACCCAUCACGAUCCAAGCACAGCUCCUGGACAGUAUGCCACACCCUGUGGCCAAGCUCCUGUUUCGUCCCUUAAUGUGGACAGUGAAACAGAAAGUAAUCAUGAUACUGCCUUAACCCUUGCCUGUGCUGGUGGCCACGACGAACUUGUUGAGUUACUGCUCAAUCGUGGAUCCGACAUUGAACACAGAGACAAGAAAGGGUUUACUCCUCUCAUUCUUGCUGCAACUGCUGGCCAUCACAAAGUUGUUGAAAUUCUCCUUGAUCAUGGAGCUGACAUUGAAGCCCAAUCUGAACGCACUAAAGAUACCCCACUGUCCUUGGCCUGCUCUGGGGGCAGAUAUGAGGUGGUAGACCUUCUCCUUCAAAGAGGAGCCAACAAAGAGCAUCGAAAUGUAUCAGACUAUACCCCAUUGUCUCUAGCAGCAUCUGGUGGUUAUGUCAACAUUAUCAAACUCCUCUUAGCUCAUGGAGCAGAAAUUAACUCGAGAACAGGAAGCAAGCUGGGAAUUUCACCUCUAAUGUUAGCAGCUAUGAAUGGUCACACAGCUGCUGUUAAAUUGCUCCUGGAUAUGGGUAGCGACAUUAACGCACAAAUAGAGACAAACCGCAACACAGCACUUACACUUGCAUGCUUUCAAGGAAGGCAUGAAGUUGUUAGCCUUUUGUUGGACCGCAAGGCCAAUGUGGAACAUCGGGCAAAGACUGGUUUGACACCCCUCAUGGAAGCUGCUAGCGGUGGUUAUGUGGAAGUUGGUCGAGUAUUACUUGAUAAGGGAGCUGAUGUAAAUGCUCCACCUGUACCAUCGUCAAGGGAUACUGGCUUAACCAUUGCAGCUGACAAGGGGCACUGUCGCUUUGUGGAGCUCCUUCUCACUCGUGGUGCUCAAGUUGAAGUUAAAAACAAGAAAGGAAACUCACCUCUUUGGCUUGCUGCCAAUGGAGGUCACCUCAAUGUUGUUGAAUUAUUAUUCAAUGCUGGGGCAGACAUUGACUCCCAAGAUAAUCGGAAGGUUUCAUGUCUUAUGGCUGCAUUCCGCAAAGGUCACAUUAAAGUUGUGAAGUGGAUGGUGCAUCAUGUUCUGCAAUUCCCAAGUGAUCAGGAAAUGACAAGAUAUAUCACUACCAUCAAUGACAAAGAGCUCUUAGACAAAUGCCAAGACUGUGUCAAGAUAAUUCGUGCUGCCAAGGAUCAGCAAGCUGCUAAAGCUAACAAAAAUGCAAGCAUUUUGCUAGAAGAAUUGGACAUGGAAAAAACCCGUGAAGAAAGCAAGCGCCUAGCAGCCCAAAGGCGUAGAGAACGCAAAAAGAAAAAGAAGCAAGAAAAGCGUAAACAAAUGGGUAACUGCAAUGAGAAUGACAAUGAAGAUGAUAAUGAGGACAAAGGAGAAGAAAGUGAAAGAGAAUUCAGUGGUAGUGAAAACUGCACUGCACCAGACUCCGAAUCACCUGACAGAGUUGCUGCUGUAACUGAAACAGUUGACAAAGAGGAAGGAGACAGUGGCAUUGAUGCCAAUAGCCAAGGCUCAUGUAGUUCUAGUGAUGUGAAAGCUAAGGACAGACGAAAGGAUAAGAAAAAGAAAACAAAUGGAAGAAGUAAUCUUAAUUCUAAUCUCAAAUCUGAGAAAGAAAAUAAUCCUCCAGAAAGCACACCCACCAACAACAGAGUUACUCAAUCUACAACCUCAAAUUCGAGGUUUGUAGAAGAGCGACCUGUUGAUAGACGUACUGCCAUUCCUUCCACUGCCUCAUCUACCUCUACGUCUACUACCACAACUGCUACCUCAAGAUCCACCAUUCAGGAAAGACAAGAUAGAAAGCUAAAAUCUGAAAAUAAAACUGUUCCUGCCAAUCCUACUCACAUGGUCUUCGAAGCAACUUCUCGGCAUCCUGCUGAUAGAGAAGACUUUGAGGCUACAGGAAAUGAGACUUACACGCCUGUUUCUAAAGCAAAGAAAGUUUCUCAAUUAUACAAUAUCGGUGAUGCUGGAAGAUAUGAGAGUGAGACGACAACUGUGGGCAAAGCUGCCUCUUCUACCAGCCCAAAACAAGGAGGAAAGCGAGAUGAAGGGUGGAAGGAAGUUGUAAGAAAAUAUUCGCCUUCGGUUCCAAACUCUUAUCCACAGAAUUCCUCUUCCCACUUCAGGUCUAAGAAAGUGUCCGUGCCUUUAAAUGCCAUCAGUCGUGUCAUUGGACGGGGGGGUAGCAAUAUCAAUGCUAUUCGCGCUGCAACCGGAGCUCAAAUUGAAGUUGAAAAACAGUGCAAGGGGCAAGGAGAAAGAAUCAUCACAAUCAAGGGCUGUGCUGAUGCUACCCGUCAAGCUCACAUGUUAAUAGCUACUCUUAUUAAAGACCCCGAUGUUGAUAUAAUGGGAAUGCUUCCUAAACCUAUUAAAUCUGGUACAACCCUCGGACAAUGGGAGAAACCUGUUCCUGCUACUUUGAAGUUGAAACCUGCAGCUGUUCCUGUUGGCUUGAAGCCUGCUGCUAUCCCCACUGUUGCUCCUACUCCACUGUUAGGAUCCACGCCAAGUUUGACCAAAAUUGUUCCACCAACUGGGCCUCCUCCACUGCUGCCUUCAUUGCGGUCGGCGGCUGUUUGCAAGCUCAUGUCGUCAUACUCUCCCCCAGUGACCCGCGGUACCGCACCACGACUCGUGGCUGCAGCUGAGAAACGAGCAGCUAUUCUUGCUGCCUCCAACACCAAGACAACCAUGUCGUACACAUCGGCGAUUAUGACCUCCGGGCGCAACGCGUCCAAGGGACACGCUCCUCUGACUACUCAGACGUUUGCUGCCAAGUUAAGCGAACCGUCUGGGGUGCCUACUCCGCCAAUGCCCUUGGCGAGUAUUGUACCACCCAAGACCAGACAGCCCCAGGCCGCGCCACCGGCCACUGCCCCAGUCACUCCUUUGGUGUCUACGGUGCCCUCACCGAAGCAUCACCGACCUCCUCCCAUCUCUUCAGCGCCUCCAAGUAUGACGUCGCAUUACAAGAGUUCACUUGCUCACUCUUCCGUGAGCACACCAUCGUCAGUGACCCCGUCUUCUGUGGCCCUGGCCACAGUCAGGAGUAGCAGCCCGGCGCAGCCUUCCUUGUCGCAAGUGUCCAGUGAGGCAGAGCCCGCCACUUGCACGACGUCAACACCGCUGACUUACUCUUUAUUCAAUUCCGACAAGACCAUGUGGAGUCGGGACAGCGACGGCAACUCAAACCAAAAGGGGAUGAACUUCGCGAGCGUGGCCGCAGCUGGUUCAGCUUCAGCCAAUUCCUCGAUGACGCCCGCACAGUACCUGGACUCCACUCCGCCACAGGCGGACAUAUCGAAGGCUCCUGGCUACCGCAAGAACACGACGUGCUCGCCGGUGUCCUCCAAGCCGUGCAGCACGGCCAGCUCGCCGCCCUCGCUGGGCAACUCCCUAAGCGUGGAGGCUCACCAGCACCGAGACGCGCCCUCGCACAACAGCGCGGCGCCCUCGCCAGUCAAGCCACCCUCUCUGCUGGCCAUCAGCCGUCAGGGACCCUCGGGUGGCCACCAGUCUGUGGACACCAGCCAGGGCCCCCCGCCCUCCUCGCAGUCCAACAUGAACAGCCAGCCGUCGCCCAUUAUACGGCCCUCACUGGAAAUCCAACCCCCUGACGUGAACCUCGGCCUGGCGGUGAGCCGGCCUCAACCCGGCUCCGGACCCAUGGACAUGGCGCACUCGCCCGGCAGCGGCCUCGGCUCUGGCCUGGCCGUACAGCGGCCCAACAAGGAUGCCCAACAGCACAACCAGCAGCCGCUGGCGUCGCCCGGGCAGCACAUUCCCCUGCCGCACCGACAGUCUACGCCUCCGCAGCACAGUCAGCACAGCCAACACGGCCAGCAUGGCCAGCACAACCAGCAUGGCCAGCACGGGCCGCCCAACCCCAUCGGCAGUGGACUGGGCAGCGGGCUGGCCGUGCAGAGGCCCUCCAUGGCGGACAUGCAGCACUCUCCUAGCCGCAGCACCUCGUCCGUCGACAUGCAGUCGUCCAUGUCGCCCUCGCCGCAGGGCUCGGGCCACCAGUCCCAGCAGGGGCCUCAGGGCCAGGGGCCGCCGGGCCCUCCGCCCAACACCAGCAUCCCUCCGCCGGGCCACGGGCCCAAUCACGGCCCGCAUGGGCACAACCACAUGAUGCGGCCCAUGAGCAUGGAGAUCCCGCCCUCGGCGGGCCUGAACCACAACAUGGUCGUGCGCCCGAAUAGCAUGGUCGACGGCCUGGGCUUGCCCCAGAACCAGCAGCAGCAGCAGCAACAGCAGCAGCAGCACGGCCCGGCCCAGCUGAACCCCAACCAGCCCCAGAACCAGAACCAGAGGUUAGAUCUUGCCCCCUCUGACUUUGGUGUCCGUUCCGUUCCCGUUUUCCCAGACGACAGCUCAGGCCUGUAUGGUGCGCACUCUCACGCCGCCGACAACCUGUUGGGCAUGGUGCCGGGCAUGACGGACGCCUUGCUCAACACGGCCGUGAGCAUGUCGCGGCUGAACCCGCGCGCGCCUGACUUCUCUAGCGCCAUGCACCACACCAACAAGCCCCCUCCCCACCCUCCUAUGUUCCAGUCCGCUCCCCCGUACCUCCCUCCCAACAUGCUCCCUCCCGGAUCCCUCCCCAACAAGUUCCACCCCCCGCGACCUGGACACGGACCUGGGCAUGGGCCGGGGCCGUCGCACGGCCCUGGCAGCUCCCACAACCGCUGGCCCUUCAUGCCCCACGGCGGGCAUGGCGGACACGGCGGACACGGCUACCAACCGGAGGCCUCCAACUUCAACGUGCUGGGCGGGGCGCUGGGAGCGUCGCUCAGCCAUCCCUCUGCUUCUGUGUCGGACAUGAUGCCGCCCAUGGCGGAGAACGGCAACUCGCCGCCCUCACCUAACCACGGGCAUGGGCACGGGCACAACCACGGUCACGGUCACGGCCACGGCCAUGGGCACGGCCACGGGCCGGCUGGGGACGGCGCGCCGAUGAAGGCGCCGCCGAGACCCAUCGGGACCGAGAGGCACUUCAAGCACCACUCCAUGGCCGGCGACGCCGUCACGGGCGCGGACUGGCUCCUGGGCAUGCCCAACCAGCAGAACCAGCAGCCCCAACAGGCCGACCACAAGAUCUCGUGGGCCGGACCUCAGAUGUUCCGGUCAAACCCCGCUCCCUAUGACCUGCCUCCCAUGGACACGUUCCAG